CUCUAGAGUCUAGAUGUAUGUCAAGGAUGUGCUAGAAUCACAAGGUCAGUCGUGUUUGGCGUCCAGUGUAUGAUCGUAGCCAAUCCAGUGGAGUGCUUCAUUGAAAAUGGACUUAAUACCACCAGUUACCCCAUUGCUGAAUAGCAGCAUUGAACCUCUAGAUGACUACGAUUCCCCAAGAGCGCCGUUACUUCGCCAAGUCUCUCUUGACGAAGAGCGACUGGACGACUGUCAAGGACAUUGGCGAGGUGCAUACAUUGACGGAGAAGAAGAAGAGAAGGGAGUGAGGUUGUUCAGGGCGAUGCUGCUCCAACAUCUCAGGACCGAAGAGUUACGACCUCCACCCUGUAUGUUGGUACCAGCAAACCCUGAUCCCAAAGGAUGGUGGAUGUAUUGGAGAGACUGGCGCAGCUUAGAACGAGCUGCCAGGAGGUUUAGAGAGACAAAAGCAUGGCCGCUUCUAGCUGCCAGAGCCGAGCACAUACCUCUGCUGAGCCUGGAUGAGGUCGCCUUCGAAGAUAUCAUGCAGGAACUGUGUCAAGCGUGUGUCCACAUAGAACAGAGGGCGCUAGUGGUUUUGGCGUUUCUUUGUGAAGUCUGUUCGCGUGCAGUGCGCGUGGGAGGCUGGUGUAGAGCGGCGGACUGGGCGGCAAGACACGUUGCGCAGUGCGCUACGCCGUGGGCUAUCCGUCAUGGAGGUUGGAGUAAUGUGGUAGAACGGGCUAGCGGCAGUCGACGAGACGACACGUUCCUGGCCGGAGCUGCUAUCGCUGCAAUACUGGCAUUCAUACUCUUCUGUAAGACCAGAUUACGUCUUACAUUACUUUAAACUAUUACUUUGUUUGUCAAAAAUAUAACAUGCAUUCUUAUUAUGACAAUUAGGGAAGAGACGAGCAGAUUAGAAUACAGUGCCGCUCAGGAUUCUUGAAAAAUCCAAAAAUUCUGAGUGGCACUACAAUUGCGCUCGUCACCUUGAGACAAAAAUCACAAUAAUGGUUACACAAUAUUGCGUUACGGCAGAAAUAGGCGCCGUCGUGUUACCCAUAAUCUAGCCGGCAUGAUGUGUAAAGGAGCCUCCCACUGGUAUAAAACCUAAUUCACACACCACAAACUAAAAUACCAUCUGGUAACCUUCGUUAACAUUGCGGUUUUCAAGUAACUUUAUUACUCGUACUACCUGUGUAAUAAUCUUCAUCGUGUGGUGUUCAGUUGUCAAUAAGACUUCAAAAAAAGUGUAAGCAGGAAACGCUUCUGUAAUGAAAAUGAAAUGAAAUAUAUCUUUAUUGCACACCACAAAAUAAUAAAAUAAAAAAUCGAGACUACAAAAAGCAAUAGGCGGCCUUAUCGCUUAAGAGCGAUUUCUUCCAGGCAACCUGUAAUGGAGUAGUUUAUUUGAAAAGAUAACCGAAGAUGAUGUUAUCGAUAUGCAUAUAAUUUAAACAUACAGUAAAUAAUUCCAAGAAAUAAACUAGUGAUUAAUUUGUCACAGUAAUAAAUAAUAAUGAUGGAGAAUUGUUUUAAAAGAUCGUAGAAGUAAUUAUUUUUAAAUAAAAAAAUAUUUUAAGCUUGAAACAAGCGACAGAUUGCUUCAAAGCAGUUGAUUCUAGUUAGAAAUGAGAUUCAAUACUGGUUAAGAUCUGUAUAGCAAAAGCGGCGUCUGUUUUGCUGUUAAACAGUGAUGUGUAAGCACUAAUGUGUAAGGGCGCCGUAGCUAACCAAAGAAAUAACUGGAUUAAUAGCACAUAACAUAAUCUGCAAUGACAUUCUAUACACACAUGAGGACAUAUCUUUCGCUGUCUGAUAGCGGAACGGCAAAAGUGUGCUUAAAGACAAUGUAUGCACACCUUUCCUCUGAGUCGUGUGUCAACUCUCACUGUGUGAAUCGAGUUCUAAAUUCAACAUAAGUAGCCCAAACUGAAUGAAUGUUUUACAUUGCUGUUUGUUGACCAAGAAUAUUUUAAAGAACUGGAGUAAAUGCGGCAAUGCAUAGAAGGUAGAAGAUAGUCGAAGUUUAAUAUGGUGUAAUUUGUGGCAUGUUCCAUAUUUCGGCUUUGUUUUUAAGCGACAUGAUUCACUAUAUGUCUCUAAGUGAGGAGCAAAAUUUCUGUGCCUCUAAGAUUUUCAGUUCAAUCCAGACUUCGGCGCGGCACUGCAUUGCAAUGGGCAGGGCGUAUUAUUUAGCCCCAGGUCAACGACUUGCUCACUAGCACUUGCUUCGUCACAUUUUCUCAUAAUAAAAUCUAGAAUACAUUCCAAUAGCAAAUAACGCAAUGUAUGUUUGUAAUAUAUACUUUAUACAAUAUACGAGUAGUUCAUUGUAUUCCUGCUUGCAUAAAAUAACGUGGAAUAAUGCUGUUAAUUUUUUUACAAUUUUCUAAAAAAAAAAGUCUCUAACACUCGGAACCCACUCUCAGAAUAAUUAAAUUUCAUGUAUCUUUCAAUAGCGCUGUUAUAAAACAGGGUGGGGUGCGAGUGUUUACUGUUUUCUUGUAGCUUCCUCUUUAAAACCACUUAACGCGCGAAUGUGAGCAUAUGCCUCUUUAAUAGAGGUUUUAAAAAAAAUAACGCGACCGAGCUUGUAUACUAUAACAAUAUGUAUAUAUAUUACAUGUAUUAUAUAGAAUGUUUUAUUUUCCGUUACUUAAAAAAUCGUAUUGUCAUUCUAAUUUGUUACUGAAUAGGAUCUCAGAUCGAUAUAGUGUAGUACUGUACUUUGUAUUUAAAACACUAGGAUGAAGAAACUAAUAAUUUAAGAAAUUUUCUGUGUUAUUACAAAAAAAUUAAACAUGUGUUGAACACUUGUUUUAAAUAAGUUCUAUUACAAAUCUGUAUAUUUCUGAAGUUUGGCUUUAGACAAUCUUUAGAUAUUGCUUCUAUUUAAACACGAGUCGAAGCUUGUCUAAGGUGUGUCUAACGCAUUAAUCACAUUCAUAUGGAAUAUUUAGAUUAUAUGAUGACAGCUGUCAAAAAUUGCGUUCCGUUCCUUUAAUAGUUCCUGUACACUUCAGCUUAUGUUGUGUUUAACGAUGUUUAAGUUAAACGCAAGCUAAACACUGUUUUGUAAUAGAAAAAGAUAAACUUGAUUUUAGACGUCGUUAUUGUUAGGUCACUGACGUUGUUAUAGUUAGGUCGCUGUUUAACAAAACACUGUCUAAGCCAUGUUUAUUUUUUUUUGUAAUAACACCGUUAGUAUUUCAGUCGGAUCCGGAGAAGAAAUAACAAAAUAUUUAGAUUUUUAUAUAUAUUUUAAAGAUACUAAUAAUACUCUUUUUAGAUUUAUUAGUUUUGUUAUAGCAAAAGCCUUUGUUAAAUAUUUUAUCAGACAAUCUUUUAACAAAAUCUAUUAAUUUGUAUAUUUCAAAACACUGUUUAAACAAAUAUUUAAAUAAAUACUUUUUAAAGGAUUAAUACGCGUAUUGUAGCUGUAUUUUAGGGGGACUACAGUGGCCAAAGAAUAUUUUAUCUAAAAAUCGUACUUAGAUAUGGAUUUAUUUUCGGAUUUCCGUUCAGUAUGUAUUUUGCAGUCUAUUAAAUAACCUUAUCUCCUUAGAUAUUUUAUACGUCUAGAGAGAGCCUCUUGCUGCUAGACAACCGAUGAAAACAGGCCAGUUUUAUAUUUUAGUGUGCGUGACAAGCUACGUGUUACACUCGCAAUUUGUAUGUCACUUUGUGUUAGUGUGCGUGCAUUGCUCAAAAUAGAGAUAUUUUAACUGUUAACCUCAAUUUUUCCGACGUGUGACAGCUGUCAAGGUCUACCUGGACGUAUAAAUGAUCUUAACCAUUUAUAGGUUACCAUACCAUGUUCUUUAAAAUGAGUUAGAUGCAACACUCAAUUAGUACCGCUUAAAUUUGUGUCACUCACUCUAAAAUUAUUAGGAUCAAAGCCGACGUGUUGGUCGCAAUUAAACACUUCAUCCUUUUUAUGUCUAAGACUUUUUGUAUUUUGUGGUCUUGCAAGUUGCAAGGUAUUAUUAUUUGCUUGUCACAUCCAGGUAAGUACUCACUUCAUCUGUAAUGUGACCAUACCAUUCAAGAAACAAAACGCGAUUUUUUUGAUAGACAGGCAGGAGUUUACGUUAAGUUUCUACAGCUUUACUACUAAAAAGGCAAUAUUUGGAUAAGAGAUUUGGAUAAACUUGUACUGUGUACCAAAAUAUUUCAUCAUAAGAUUUAUCUGAUUUAUAAUAUUGCCACAGAUCAAAAAAAUAAUAUAUGACGCUUACAAAGAUAUACAUUCGAAAUAACUAGACACGUUAUUUUGAUUUAAUUUUCUAUUUUUCUAAAUUAAUGAUUCACAAUAUUUGUCAUCUGUGUUGUAUCUAUCUGUACGUGUAGAUUUAUUGUUUUGAAUAAAUUAUUUCGAUGGA